AAUUACGAAUUAUCCUGACAGAUUUGAUUCCCCUAGUUUCGUCAUUACCACAAAGUGGGGUACAUCCGAAGAAGGGGGAUGGAGUGCUGGAUUCAUGGAUCACGACAUUCUCCAGGCACGUCUAAUCUGGAUCAGUACCUGACCGCGUGUGUCCGUGACACCUCCACAAUAUUCUAAAUUUCAAAUUAAUCCGAUCCUCCAAAUAAAUUCCCGAUACACUGCAAUCCCUCAAUUAAUCCAAUUAAUUGAUUCGUUAGUGAAAACUCUCAAUUCCGUCGACAGGUGAUUUUAUUCCUCUUGAUUGAUCAACAAGCAGAAUGCUCAUGUUAAAAAUUCUUGGUUUACUGAUUACCGGGGCUGCAACCACGUGCGCAGCUCCAAUUACUACUGUGCACGUUAAAUUUGUAUCGCCACCGCAUUAUCACGAGCACGAGCUCACGACAGACGGAGGAAAUACAGUAGUUCAAAAGAAUUUUCUCAGCAUUGGAAGACCAUUUCCUCUAUUCGGCGAUAGAUUAGCAGGAGCAUUCAGAACAUCUAGAGUGAUAACUCCAGAGAACGCCGAGUCCCUGUGGCCGGUGGGUGUAUUUUUGCCUCCCCAGGACACGAACGACCUGAGCUCUCAAGACGCCCAUCAAACCCCAGACUUCUCCAACGGCCUAGCUCACCCUGAUCCACUUCUCCUGACUGGCGAAGCCGCAAUGAUAGCUGUCAGAUAUCUCUACGGCCACGGUGAGCUGUUCUUCCACGAAAUUCCCCACGUGCGGGCCAUCCUGAGGAACCAAGAGGAGAGACGUCUCAACCGACUCCAGGAGAACAUCCUGAAGAGCCCCAGGCCAGCAUCUCCCUUCUACAGCAACAAUUGACACUGAGACUGAACUAAAUGACCAUAAAAAUCCGAGUAAUCUCUCAAAACUUGUGAUUAACGAAAAUCAAUUACUGUGACAUUUACGGCUAUUUUAAUGAGAACGACCAUCGGCACUCACGCUUUAUUCCCCAGAGAUACAAUGUCAGGUUAUUUGUACUUGCAUUAUCCAUCAUUCUACUAUUUACAUU